AUGCCGUGUCUAGAAAUCGUCGCCGGAAAUGCGAACCUACAACCCCCGGCGCUCGAUGUGCGUACUAACUCUUCGGCAUCACCCACGGCCGCUGACUAUGAACUGGGGAGGUGUCAAAGCAUCAGCACUCAACUCCCAUCGAGGCCACUGUGCAUCGAGCUAGUUGGACUGUACUUCCGCUAUAUCCACGACACCUUCCACUCCUUAUUUCAUCAACCUACCGUGAUGCAGGAGGUCGCCGAUGGCACGAUACCAAAAGUUCACCUGUUUGCUAUGAUUAGUUUAGCUGCUAGAUUUAGCGAAGAUCCGUUCUUCGCCGGAAUUGAUCCCCGAGUUCGAGGGAGGCCAUAUGCUCAAGAAGCAGAGCACCUCCUUAACCUCAGAGACGUUUCUUUGCAAACAGUGCAAGCUUGCGUUCUGAUCGGAGCGUACGUCAUUACGGACGGUGAUGCUGCGGUCGAAGCAGUCUACUAUGGCAUCGCCUGUCGAAAUGCAUUAGUGUUGGACCUUCCCAACAUGAUCGCCUUGUCUAGGGUGGAACAGGAAGUCAACAGAAGAACUUGGUGGACUUUGUGUAUGAUUGAUGUCUGGUCGUCCAAUGGCAUCCGCCUGCCGCGAUCCUUGACACCUAGGAACGAUGUCCCGUAUCCGAUGGAGGAGACUAUCUUUCUUCAAUUGCGCAAGGAAGACUUUGACCUUCCCAGUCCCAAUGCAAUGGAGGAAUCAGCAGCCUCGUUACUAACACAAAUGGUCAAGCUCAAUGCCAUCCUGGUGGAAAUUAGUUUGCUCAAUCAACAGGCGGCCACAACCUCGGCUUUUGACUUCAAUCACCAAGAAGCCGUCGAACAACUAACAGGAAAGUUGGACGCGUGGUAUCAGAAUCUCCCCGUCCAGCUUCAGGACACUCACGCGAAUCUCACCCGCUACGCCGCGCUGGGAUUGGGUCCGAUGUUCGUGGCGGUCUAUCUCGGCUACUACCACUAUGGCCAACUGUUGUACUACGGAUAUCUUCACGAAGACUCCUACAAUGACACCUUAUACGCAAGGUACUACGCUGACAAGUGUAAAGCCCACUCGAUCGGCUUGUGCGAAAUCACCUAUCGCGCCUAUUCUACCCCUGGCUGUGAAGUGUACUACACCAUGGUAGGCCACGUACUGGUCAUCUCCUCGACCGUCCAACUCCACAUACUCCUCUUCGGGACCGAUGAGAUCCAGAUUCGGGCUGCCCGUUCUCGUCUCGAGAAGAACUUCGAGAUCCUGAGCCGUCUCCAGACGUUCUGGCCUACUCUGGAUGCGUCGUUCACCCGUUUUCGGGAGUUUCACAAGGCUUGUCAGAAAUCAAAAGAGAAUUCCUUCCGGAUGGACCGCUGGAUGCUACAGUUCCUGUUUGAAUUUGCUAAGCCGGUCGAGGAGAAGGACGCCGAGGAUCUCGCAGAGCUGAAGCCUUGGUCCAUGCAGGAUCUAGGGUUUAGUCCUUAUUCAGGAUCGACAUUGAGAUCGCCGACUUGA